GAACAAAAAUAACGAAACAGCUGUGUGGUUUUGCAGAUAGUACUUCAUUAAUUGGAUCUAUUGUUUCAAAAUCCUCAACACAAAAUAAUAACACAGUUGACAAUGUCGUGGACAUACAAAAAGAUGAUAAUAACACACAAUACCAUUUGGACAUUCAAAUGAAUUUUAUAGACUCAGAAAUAAAGGAAGAAAAUAAUGACGUUCGAGAAAUACAACCAGAAGAACCCAUCGUUUUGGAUCUAGGACAUGAGUUCGAAAACUUAACAAUCACAACUGAAAAAGUUAAUGUAAAUGAUUUAACCAUCAAUGACACCAAAAUUAAUGAUAAUGAAGUAACCACCGUUAAGACUGAUAUCUCCAUUGAUGAAAUUUCCAAUCCGGAAGUUCCACAAAAUCAAGACAGUACGAUUGAGAAAAAUGACAAUGUUGAGAACUUGGAGUCAACUAUUGAACCAGAAAAUGGAAUUUCAUUGAUGACCACUGAAGUACCAAUUCUAGACGCAACAAUCUGGACUAUAGUUCCAAUAAAGGAAAAUAUAUCAAAUGUAGAUAUUGAGACAGAAGAAACAAGUAAUGUUGAAGCUCAAACUGAAGUUACUGAGAUUCAACAAGAAGUCUCCACAAAAAGUCCUGAAAAGUUGAAUGAUUUGAGUAGAUUCUUUGAAGACGAACCCAGUCAAAAACAUCAAAUGCAUGGUUUCAUUAAAGAAACUGAUAACGAAAUUACAUCACAUAAUGACUCUGCCGAAUCUGAAUCUGAAUCCGAUUCAAGUUCAAAUUCAAAUGGUUCAAAAAGUUCAGAGUCAAAUCAGGAUGAAAAUAAAGCUGCUGAAGAUUUGUCUAUAUCAGAGGAUUUAUCAUCUGAAAAAGCUACUCCUGCACCCAUUUCAGGGUCCCAAAAUGAUGUAUUCAUCGAUGAAUCCACAAAAAUAGCAGCAAACGAUUCAGUUCAAGAAAUCGAAGCAGUCACUGAAUCAACUGGAGAGAUUACAAACGAAGUGACAGUAGUUGCUAAUGAACUUACACACACCAUAAUGAAGAAACCUGGUGUCGAUGAUGAAUCUCCAAGAAGUUCAACUGAUUUAUCGAUGCAGGAGGAAACAAACGAAAUUGUAGUAACGACACCAAAUAUUCAAAUUGAUCCUGUUGUUCAUCUUGUUAUUAAUAGACCCAAAGGAGUAUUAGAAUCAAUUAUUUCAUCAGGCUCCGAGAAUACAAAUCAAACUUCAAAUCAGCCAUUGGAAGUUGUUCCUCCUUCAUCUGUAACUGAUAUUAAUGGAUUGGCUGACUCUGAGGAUAAGUCUCCAACCACCUCAAUUCCUGAAACUAAAGUCCUUGACAAAAACGAAGAACUCACAGAGGAUAGCAAUUCUGUUCAACUCAAUAUUGAAACGCCAUUUGAACAUGACGACAAUCAUCAACUGGCAGAGCUUGAAGAAUCUCUCCAAACACCCACCGAAAAUGUUUCAAACACUCUGAACGAAAAGCAAAUCCCAGAGUUGAAUGCUAUUCCACACUCUGAGACACAAGAGGACAAAACUCUUGAGACAAAUCUUGUAAUAGACGAUUCAGAGAACUCUACACCAGCUCCUCCGACUAAGAGUAACGAAUCAUCUGGUUUGGAAGGGCAUCAAGAAGAUCAGCCGAUUGUAGAGGAAAAUGGAAUUUUCAAAGAAUCACAUACCUUCACCGACAAAUCCCUGCUGAAUGCAAUUAUUGUAAAGGAAUCAGUGGAGACUUCUACAGAAAGACCAGUUAAUAUCGAAAAUCCGCUUGAGGACAACCAAAUUGGAACAAACUAUGUUUCCCAUGAUAAUUCCUUACCGACUGCUGAGACAUCGUCUGCGAUAUCGAAUUCUAUUCCUAAUUCUCAAACUAACUCUCCAGUUGACAAUUUGGAGACUUCUACUCGAGCUCCUUCUAUUGACAAAAACGAAUUUGAGCUCCAAGGAGACAUUCAAGAAGAUCAGACAAGUAGUAUAGGAAUUUUCAAAGAGCCAGAGGAAACUCCUAUAAAUCCCAUUGAUGAAUCCUUACCUGAUCCAAAACUCUAUGAAGAACCAAUUGAAACAUCCACACAAAAACCCAUCAUUUCAGAAAUCAAUGAUAUACCAACAAGUCACAUCAUCGCCACCACAACAGAUUAUUCCCGACAUAUUGAUUCCUUGCAGACAAUGAGAGAUGAGUCAUCUUCCUCGUCUGUAAUAUCUGACGAAGUUAUAGCUCCAGCUUCUGUGGGUCGUUCUUUGAAUGAAAUUGUCGCAGAAGGUUUGGGCAAACCUCUUCCUACUCGAAGUGUAGGUGAUGAACCUUCAUCGUCAUCUUACUCAUCCGAAGAUAAAACCACAACGGUGUUGGUUCUAUGUGCAGCAGCUGGAGGUAUAUUUAUCGCCUUCUCCUUUGCCAUAUACCUAAUCUCAUUUCAGAGACAACAUGGUACAUUAGACAUUGAAAUGCAGGAGCAACAAUGUGGGAAAGAUAAUUUGGACGAAGAUGAAGAUUCUGAGACAAGAGUUUCAUUAUUGAAUCAAGCACCAACUGCAGAUAGUGAUGAACAUAGUUCGUACUAAUUUCGCUUUUCCUAAAAAAAAAGACUUUUGUGUACCUUUUUUCGUUAACUUUUGGAUUAUUCAUUUAUUUUUUUUUUUUUUUGUAUUUUAAGAAUUUACUUUAAUUUUUUUUUUGUUUAUAAAAAAAAUUUCAUACAAAAAACAUUUGUAAAUAGACAUUUUAAGUUUUUUUUUUCUUUAUCAAAGUUGUAUUUUAGUAAGUAUUACAACAAUAAGAAACAACAGGGUUUAUAUAAAUAUAUUAGAAUGAAUGUAUUAUUUUGUUGACUUAAUUUAGCCGUUAAGAGCUUAUGAAUAUUUCAUAUUGCUAGUUGCCAUAUUAAAAAAAAAAAAUAAAUAGAGAAAAUGAAUCUCUCUUAUAUAGAAUUAAGACAAAUUUAAAAAGCCAUUACGAAAAU